AUGGUUCUAGAGGUUCUAGAAAGAUUCAAUACCUGGCUUUUUGGAUCAGAUGUCCUCAAACUUGACAAGUUUUUACUGCAAAAUAAUAAAAAUCAACCAGUUCGAGAAUUACAAGUUCCAAGUGAAAAACCUGCUAAAUUAUCUAGGUUCACAACAACAAAUAUUGUAUUACCAUCUCAUGCAGACUCUCGAGGCCUCAUUUAUGGAGGUGUUGUUUUAGGUUGGAUCGAUUUGGCUGCUGGAAUGUCUGCAAAAAGACAUGCUGUUGGAGUACGUGUAGAGACAGAACAUCCAAUAACUGGGAAGCGAAAAUAUUGCUGUCAAGCAUACUUAACAUUUGUGGCUCUCAGUCGUGGAAAUUCGAUAAUUCCAGUGACGAAGAGAUCUGAAAAUUCACCUGUAACUGUACCUCGAAUUGUACCAAAUACUGUUAUUGAAACACAUCGAUAUGAAUUAGCUGAACAACGUCGUCAAGCUCGUAUAUCUCAAUCAAAAAAUGCUAAAAUAGAACGAGCUAAAUUAACUAAAGUACGAGAAGUAAUGCGUGAAUGGGCAGAAUAUAUGAAUAUGGAAACAAAAAGUAGUGCUGAGAUACCACCUCUUUUACAAGAACCCGAUGCUUACGAAGAACGGAAUGAUAAUUUAGAUAAUGAUCCUGCAAAAUUAUAUCUUCAUAGGAGAAGGUCAACAUUGCAAGGCAUCCUUCCAACACAACCUGAUGAAAAAUUGAUGUCUGAAAGUUUUGCAGAAAUAGCAGAUCUUAUAUUACCACAGCAUGCCAACUCAUUGCAGGUAUAA